GAUGAGUACUACACUGGGCUAUGGAAGUGUGAUCUCUUCCGCGGUCUACUUUGGAAUCAUGGAAGGCAUCGUGGAGCUGGAUAUCCGAUUGCAGAUGAUGAAGGAAACUUACAGAGGGGGAUAUUGGGCCAUAAGGGAGCUGGACCGGCCUGUAAGGGGAACUGGACUCUUGGCCGAGAGAGGUCGUGUCCGUAA